AUGGCGAGGAGAAAACAGAGAGAACCCAGGAAAUCUGCAGCUUACCUUCCAUUGGAGAUUAAAGCAGCCACUUUUGAAGACAAGCAACUUCAAGAUGACGGUCUUGCUUUGAAUGACCAUAGGCAAUACAUAUUCACUGAGGAAGAGGAAAGAGAUGCAAAAACGUCUCUGAGAUUUCAGGACUCCCCUAACAGUAAUGGGACCAACCCAGAUACUGGCUGUCUUUCCCCGCUCAGUGACACCGGUGAUCAGAUCCCUGAUUUUAAAAGCAUUGAUUUAAAAGAAGGACAUGAAGAGGAAGAAGCACGGAGCAGCUCGGACAACGGCGUUCUGGAUAACCGAGCUCGGACAAAAGCCUUCUGCACAAACCUGAUCUCUGAUGCAUCGUGGUCCGACGUUGUGAUGAAUAUCAUGAAAAGUAGAGCAACCGCGUCUAGCACGGCUAGCAUGACGCAACCGAAUGGCAAUAACAUAAUUAAUAGACCAAGCAAUCACAAUCGAAAUAUCCUUAACGGAAAGGCAGAAAGCAUUUCAAAUGGCAGCACAGUUACUAACUGCAGCAUUAAGGCUUCUAACGGUCCUGGUGUGGUGUAUGACUGGCAUCAGGCUGCUGUAGCUAAAACACUCCAACAAACACACCACCACUUAUCACCAGACUCAAGCCUGUUCAGCACGGUGCAGCUCUACCGGCAAAACCACAAACUCUAUGGUUCUGUUUUGACUGGUGCUAGCAGGUUCAAGUGCAGGGACUGCAAUGCUGCAUAUGACACAUUAGUAGGUCUUACAGUUCACAUGAACAAUACUGGUCAUUACCAUGAUGACAACCGAGAGAAAGAAGAAGAGAAUAACAGCAAGCAUUGGUCGAAGCCACGCAAGCGUUCAUUGAUGGAGAUGGAAGGCAAGGAGGAUGCCCAAAAGGUACUGAAGUGCAUGUUCUGUGGCCACUCCUUUGAAUCUUUACAGGACUUAAGUGUCCACAUGAUUAAGACAAAGCAUUACCAGAAAGUGCCUCUUAAAGAGCCUGUGCCAGCUUUGGCCACCAAACUGGUUCCGGCAGCCAAAAAAAGAUUUCAUGAUUCCCUAAUUUCCCCUUGUUCCCCAAAGUUGAUUACAUAUUCCAGGAAAGAGGCUUCAGUGUUUCCUGUGAAGGGCAUUGUUAAUCCUUACGUUACACCAAACAAUCGCUAUGGAUACCAGAAUGGUGCCAGCUACACUUGGCAGUUUGAGGAACGCAAAGCACAAAUUCUGAAGUGCAUGGAGUGUGGGAGCUCCCAUGAUACACUGCAGCAACUCACUGCCCACAUGAUGGUCACAGGCCACUUCCUGAAGGUCACAAACACUGCAGUGAAAAAAGGAAAGCAGCUAGUGUUUGAUCAAAUUGUGGAGGAAAGCACACAGUCAAUUCCGUUACCUCCAACAGCUGCCGUUGUUAAACACCAGUCGGUGUCACCUGCUCUGUCUUCUGGAUCAGAGGCCAAGAUGGAGGAGGUUUUCGAACCAGUGGCGAAAAGGAUCAAGGAGGAGAAGGAAGAGGUCAGCAUGGAUUCUACAUCAUAUAAGUACCUUACAGAGGAAGACCUUCAGGAGACUGCUAAAGGAGGGAUGGACAUUCUGAAGUCUCUUGAGAACACGGUGUCCAGUGCCAUCAGUAAGGCUCAGACAGGUGCGCCCACCUGGGGAGGAUACUCCAGCAUCCAUGCCGCUUAUCAACUUCAGGGAGCUGCGAAGCCGUCUAUUGUACCUCCGGUGGUUCAAAGUGUGCAAGCAGUCAUCAAUAGCAACCUUCUUUCACUCAAUCCUGAUUCUGGAUCACUUAUUUACACUCCUCCCACACAGUCAUUGCCCUUGAGCCUCAGGAACAGCGUAUCUACCAUGGAGGAGCUGAUGGAGAAGGUCUCGGGAAGGACCUUGGUAAAGAAAGAGAGGGAAGAAAGGACGGGGAUUGCAGAUGCAGCUACGUCAAUAUCACCGUUAAUGAGAGACAACAAAGUUAGUGUUGAUACAAAGACAAAUGUAGGUAUGUGUAAAGUGGAACCUAUGGAGAUGUUAGUAGAAAGCCAUAAUACGAACCAUAGCCUAGAGUUAGACAAGUCACCCAUCGGUAAUGGCCACUGUUUAGGGAUUGCUAAUGAUCAAUCAUCUGAGAGGUCUUUUAUAAGCCCUCUAAAUUCACUCCAGUUAGUUGUGAACUCGCACCUUCCCAAAGCAUCUAAGGUGUUCAGCUCCUCCUCUGAUCCUCUUUCUGUGUUAUACAAGAUCAGCAACAGGGUGGACAAAACUGCCCACCAUUCGUCAUCUGAUGAGCAAAAUGGGACGAUUGACACAGAUUUAUACAAGGACAGUGACCAGCCUAUAGAUCUGAGAAAAUGCAAAAGCACUACUGGCAGCUUAUCUCUGUCGGAUUCUCUAAACCUACCAGAAAAUGCCCUCAUGGACAUCUCAGACAUGGUAAAGAGCCUCACUAGCCAGCUCACUCCCAAGUCCUCCAUUCCACCGUACCUUUUAGGGAAAUCUGACACUGAUAGGAGUUCAUCUGAGGAGCCAAUGGAAAACUUUUCUUCUGCGCAAAAGCAAAAAGGUCGUCAGUCCAGCUGGAACCCUCAGCACUUACUCAUUCUUCAGGCUGAGUUUGUGUCAAGCCUGAAACAGACCCCAGAAGGUUGCUACAUCGUAACAGACCUCUGUCCUCACGAACGUGUAAAAAUCUGCAAGUUCACAGGUCUCUUAAUGACCACGGUGUCACACUGGCUUGCGAAUGUGAAGUACCAGCUGCGGAGAACAGGAGGGACCAAGUUUCUAAAGAACCUGGACUCCAGAAAUCCUUUGUUUCUUUGUGGAGAGUGCGAUUCAAAAUUCCAGACUCCUUCUGCUUACAUUAACCAUCUGGAGUCUCACCUCGGUUUUAGCCUCAAGGAAAUGUCCAAGAUGUGUCCGAGGUGAACGAAGGAAAAAUGGCGUCU